AUAAACGUUUAACAGCAUCUGAAAGUAUGAACUUGUUCAACAAGAAAUACAACUACAUUUUCUGUAUUAUCUAUAAUAUAAAAACUAACAUUGCCUCAAAUACGCACGUAGCGGUGAAAAAAACUAUUAUUGCGAAAAUUCAAACCGGAAGUGCUCCGUGUCACUCUCGCUCGCUUUCAGCGCAGUGGCAGUCGGAGCUGUCGUCGGCCCGUCAAACAUCUCGUGAGGGAGGAAUCCAGACUGGGUCACGCCGCCGAGCUCCCGACGAACGCAUCGGGCUUUCGGUUCACCUCCGACGGUCGAACCGCACCGACGUCUCCAUCCCCGACGCGGGCAGAGAGGCAGUCCCUCCCCCCGCCUCCCCCCGUGUGGCACCCGCCUCCCGCCGGCUCCCGGUACCGCGCAGCUGCAGCCGCAGCAUCCAUCGCCUCAGCCUCCCGACCGACGGGGUGACGUAGGCGAACCGAGCCUCCUCACGCAGCGGCGUGACGCGGAGACGUUCACGUGCGCCCGGGGAUUCUCAGAACCCAGCGAAGGAGCGGGCACUGCGAUCCGGAAGUGACUUCUCCAUCUUCCCCCGGGGAGGUCAGGGUGAGACCCAGACCAGCUCAGAAGGAGCUGGAUUCGUGCCCAGGGGCACUUCGACAGUGUGGAUGAAUGAACUCGGGAGCUGUGGUCGAGUCUGUCCUUCAAAUGAGAUGGAUGAGAUCAAAUGUCCCACUAGAGUAGAAAUACAGAUCAUAUAACCUGCCGCCUCCAUCAGAGCAGAACCUGGCAAGCAGAUGCAAUCUGAGUUGCAUUAUUGUGUGAAACGGAUAUAUUACCAGUUCAUCCACACAGAUCACAGGAGACCAUUUGAUCACAGCGACACAAUGAUGGCAGGGGUCACCGUCCCCUCAUGCCUCAGGACACCUGCGGCCUAACGCACACUGUGGUUCCCCCUGCGGGACAGAGCGGAGCUACCUGAAGCCCGGAGGCUCAGCCGGCACCAUGGACUACCACGCCGAGUGCUGCUUCUGCGAUGGCGAGGACGUUCACGGCGGUCCGGACGAGCCGCCGCUCCACAGCAUCCAUGCCCCCAACCGGAUGCGCCCGUCCUCGUACAGGGCCCUGAGGAGCGCCGUGUCCAGCCUGGCCCGCAUCGACGACUUCUUCUGCGAGAAGAUCGGCUCAGGUUUCUUCUCUGAGGUCUUCAAGGUGCAGCAUCGGAUCACAGGGCAGGUGAUGGCACUGAAGAUGAACACGCUGGCUAGUAACAAGGCCAACAUGCUACGAGAAGUUCAGCUCAUGAACAGGCUCUGUCACCCCAAUAUACUCAGAUUUCUUGGGGUGUGUGUGCAUGAAGGUCAACUCCACGCUCUUACCGAGUAUAUAAAUGGAGGUAACCUGGAGCAGCUGUUGGACAGCGACCUGUACCUGUCGUGGGGCAUCAGGAUCGGUCUGUCUCUGGAUAUUGCCCGAGGGCUGCAGUACCUGCACAGCAAGGGCAUAUUCCACAGAGACCUCACCUCCAAGAACUGCCUGGUUCGCUGUGAUAGCGGCCUGUUCACUGCGGUGGUGGGAGACUUCGGCCUGGCAGAGAAGAUCCCUGAUUACAGUGACGGUGUGGAGAAGCAGCCUCUGGCCAUCGUGGGUUCCCCCUACUGGAUGGCCCCUGAAGUUCUGAGGGGCGAGCUGUAUGAUGAGAAGGUGGAUGUGUUUGCAUAUGGUAUCAUCCUCUGCGAGAUCAUCGCCCGGAUUGAAGCUGAUCCCGACUUCUUACCCAGGACAGAGGACUUUGGUCUGGACGUGGACGCAUUUGAGAACAUGGUUGGGGAUUGUCCACCUGCAUUCUUUAGCCUCGCAGUCACCUGCUGUAAUAUGAGUGCAGAAAGGCGUCCCACGUUCGCUGACAUCGUCAUCUCAGUGGAGACCAUGGAGACUGGAGAGGAGAAAGAGAAGCCCAUUGUACUCGAGCCAGUGGCCGUAGAUGUCAGCCCUUACCGGCGCCGCAGCUCUCCCUGUCACCCCGGUGACCGCAGCCAGCAACGACAUGGCUUGGCAAGGAGCCAGUCAGACAUGUUACCCCCAGGGACCCUGACGCCUCCUCUCCUCGGGACCCCUGCGAGGGUCAACCCCUUUUCUCUGCGGCAGGACCUGAAUGGCGGGCGGUGUAAACUCUUAGACACACCCAGCAAGUCCGUCAUCUCCCUGACCUUCACGCUGCCAGCACUUCGGGACCCGUGUGCCUCCGCAUACCAUCGUAGAGGGACGCAGGGGAUGCGAGCGCCGCAGAGGCGGUGCCAGUCGCUCCCCUGCACCCCAGAGCUCAGCCGGACUGUAGCCUUGACAAGUGACACGGAGGACGUUAGACUGGUGGCAAAUAAAGGACAGACGAUGGAGGAUGACAAGAAUAAGACAGAGUUGUCAGAGAAGGUGGAUGAAAGAUUGCAGGUAGAGCAUAUGGACAUAUCUGAGAAGAGAGCGUUGUUAAAGGAGGAGGAGGGGAUGGGAGAGGAUUCAGGCCUCCCUGUUGAGCUGGAGAUGGUGUCUCUGGAGCAGCUGGAGGAGGAGGAUGAGGAGUGGGAGGAGAUUGUCGGUCAAACAGAACCCAUGGACUGUACAAAGUCCCCAGAGCCAACAGACGGAAUCCUGCACUCCACACCGGGAGGACCCCGGCCCUCCUCCUCCUCUUUGGGGACCAAUGGCUGGCAAUUCGCCAUCUCCAAUGGGCCGCCCUCCUUACCUCCUCUACCACGACUGGACAACAACAACGGCUCAGCACUUGUGAUCGGCCAGCAGGUGCUGCGUGGGGGGGGACGGCCGGUUAACGGUUACAGUGGAGCCCAGGUCCUGUCCUCCGACCUCAGUGGCCCCUCUGAGCAGGAUGAAGUCAUUUCCUGUCCGGGCUGCUGUCUGGUGGGUCUGAGUUUCCCCUCAGUGUGCCUCCGCGGUUCAGCUGCCAUGCCGGCCCCCCGGCGAAGAGCUUCGCUACCGCGGCAGCGCCCCUACCGGAACCUCAACGGUACCAUCACUGGUGGCAGCACUUUGUCGUCAGCGACAGCCGCCACGGCAACCAAGGCUCUGCUGUGUCGCAGCACGAAUGGUCUCGUGGUGGCCGGGUCCUCGGUGCCAUGUGAGCCGAGCCGGUCUCUGCCCGAGGCCCAGACAUAAGCCUGCUCAGAGGGGAGUUUGUCUUGAAUUUGGGACAUGCACCGGCACCAAGUGUUAGCAGACCAACCAAUACUGAACCUCUCAGACGUGUCAAUUCUGUGCAGUCACCACAAAAAUAAAGGGAAAAUGUUGGUGAGUACAGCGCCACCCGGUGGGCUGGAGGAUUAAUCUCUGUGACACUGAAGAAUGUGGCAGUGUGAAGGAAGACCAGGCUAAGCUCGAGAGGAUACAGCUGAACCAGAAUGUAAACUGAAACUGUUGGCUGGAAAGAACCAAACAGAGACCCGCCCCGUCUCACGCAUGGGUCUUAUUUCUGUAAUCACGGCCAAUUUCUGAGAUCUGUGAACAUGCUCACAUGAUAACAUGUCACUUAUGGUAGUUCUCAGCAAACGUUAUCAUUAUUAUUGAUCAACUGGCCAAAACAAAAAAAAGUAAGACCAUUGUUUAUCACAACUAAUCCAACUGAUAAACAGGGAUUAUCCUUUAACAUGUUUAGUACUUUUUACAUUGGUGUGGGAAGUGACAUUUUUUAAUCAAUUGUCCCUCCUUUUAUGGAGGAAGUUGGGUAGAAAUGAAAACUGCUCUUGUUUUGCAUGGCAGCCCUGGCAGUGUUUCUCUGACUGCAGGCCCGCUGCUGAUGGCAACACUGCCGCUCUGCGCUGGCCGACCCAGGUUCUGUACGCCAUGAGCAGAACACGACAGAUGUGAAUGUGGUUUACCUCUGCCAGCCCGGUGCUGUGCCUCAGGUACCUGCAGCACAGCACCGUUUUGGAUUCUAUUUAAUUGAAACUAGCUACGAGGGAAAUAUUUAUAAAAUUAAUAAAGAUUUACCUACCUUUAUAUUUAUUUACAUUUAUUUAUUUACAUUUUUAUAGCAGAGUGUGCGUGCGUGUGCGUGCGCCCUGUCAUGUGAAUUCUUUAUUUUUGCACUUCAGUUUGGAGCACUUUGCAAGUAAGACAGCUUUUACUAGACGGUGCUUUAUUUAAAUCUGUGCUACUGGUCUUUUUUUUUAAUGUGCUUCUGGCCCAACAGACUACAAAUCUUUCAUUCUUUUACAUCGAGUCCCCCUCUCGUGUGUCUCGUGUGUGUGUGCCGUAGCUGUGCAUUUUGAUUUACACUGUUGUUACUUAAAGUGGCACGUGAAGCAGUCAUGAGUAUUUAUUUGUACAGAUCAUUCCACACACUGUGUGUGUACGUGCGUUUGAGUGGAAGGUAGAGUGAUGGUCACUCACAAGAUAACUUUUGUCCCAAAGUUCCUGACGUCAAACCACUGUUCUCACUUCAUUUCAAUGUUCCUGUUCUCCUUUACAUCUAGAAACCUGCGUGCAAUAAUCUGGUAAUAAACAAAUAUGGUUGUGAGUAA